CUCACCCCCACUCUACAGAAUUUUUAUAAUAAAGAGAUAGUAACUCAUUAUAAUUUUUUAUUUUUUUAAAGAGUGGCGGAAACGGGCUUCCAUAGAUUAACUAGUACUUUAUAUUUUCCUGAUAUAAAUGUCCAGUUUGUUAAACCCAACCUGCUGCUCAUCUGUUUCUAGGGAAAUUCUAAUAACAAAAAUAAGAGGCCAUUUAGACGUUUUAUUUUGAAAGCCACAGCAGAUGACUUCCGGUCCUCAAACGGAGCCGCAGCCUUUGAACCAUCUAUGCUUUGAACACUGGAUGAAUUGAGUGGUUUGGGAGGAAAAGGGAGACGUUAGACGCAGGAGGUGAGACAGUUUGGGGGGGAGGACCGUUUGUCCCGGCCCCACCUGGCGCUCCUUCAGACCCCCAGGAUGGGUCUCUGACGGAGCCCGUCGGUCCGUCCGUCUGCAGCGCCUUUGUGUGGAGCGCAGAGCCUCAUCCUGCCUGGCCGCCGUUGAACGCUUCACCGCGGUGCGUUUACUGCUAAACUAACCAGCGGGGGAGGCUGCUGGGAGGGAGAGGGGGUCUGUUCCUACUGGUGUUUUCCAGUCCGACCGCAGCGUGAGCAGGAGGCCCGCUCCGGCAGAGGAUGAGAGCCAGCAGCCCAAACAUGACCAGUCUACGUCAGAGGAAGGGCAGCAGGGGGAAGGAGGCCGCUGAGGGUCAAACCCAGCAGUCCAAUUGUUGCUCUCAUCACCAUCCAGACAAGAUCCUGCAGGGCGAUUGGUCGUGGGGAUCUAUAAUCUGGACGUCCAUCGGUUGGUCUGUGUCUGUCGGCCUGGGCCUGCUGUGCUCCAUCUACGUGGCCACGCUGCACGAGAACGACCUGUGGUUCUCCAACAUCAAGGAAGUGGAGCGGGAGAUCUCCUUCCGGACGGAGUGUGGACUCUACUACUCCUACUACAAACAGAUGCUGCAGGCUCCAUCCAUACAGGAAGGGCUGUCAGAACUGAUCCAGGAUAACUUGACAGAGUCCAGGAGGACCAUUAAUCUCCUCCAGCGGAUGAACAUCUACCAAGAGGUGUUCCUCAGCGUUCUCUACAGGCUGCUUCCCCUACAGGCGUAUCUGGAGCCGGUGUAUUUCUACAUUUACACAGUGUUUUCGCUCCAAGCAGUCUAUGUGAUAGCUCUGUACCUCACAGCGUGGCUCCUGUCUGGUUCCUGGCUCGCCGGUACGCUGACUGGAGUCUGGUACAUUCUUAAUAGGGUAGAUACCACUCGGGUGGAGUUCACCAUCUCCCUCAGGGAGAACUGGUCUCUGCCUUUCUUCGCUCUGCAGGUGGCCGCCAUCACCUGUUACCUCAGGCCUCAGCUCAGCGCCUUACAGCAGAAGGUGACGGUGUGGCUGAUGUUUGUGACGACCUUCUGUUUCUGUCUGACCUGGCAGUUCAACCAGUUCAUUCUCCUCGUUCAAGCUCUCAUUAUCUAUGCUUUGGACUGCGGCGACCUCCUAUCAACCACACAGGUGACCACACUGUACCUGGUCCAGGUGAGCGGCCUGCUGAGCGUCUGGCUGCUGCAGUUCUGUAACUCCAUGAUCCUGGGAUCCCUGGUGCUGAGCUUCAUCGUGGCCGCACUCUUCGUCAGACACUGCCAGUCUUCUCUGAGGACCGGCGGCCUGCUGCUCCGUGUUGCCAAACUUCUUCUCCACACUGGCCUGGUUCUCCUGCUCACCUUCAUCAUCAACUUUUUGACUAAGAGAGCGCUGCAGCUCCAGUCAGACGAACACAUUUUUAAGUUCAUCAAGUCAAAGUUUGGUCUGGGGCCCACCAGGGAUUUUGAUGCCAGUCUGUAUCUUUGUGAAGAGGCCUUCGGCCUUCUGCCCCUGGACACGUUGGAGCGUCUGGCCGGCACGCUGCUUUUGUACCCCUACAUCCCCACCGUGCUGCUGCUCAGCGGCACGCUGGUAGCAGCAGUGCUGCAGAACCUCAGGCCUAAAGGAGGAGGAGUGGAGGCUUUCCGCCCAGAUGUGGCCUACAACCUGCUGCACACCGUCCUCUAUGGGCUCCUGGCCUUCAGCACCAUGAGAAUGAAGUACAUCUGGACCGGUCACAUGUGUGCGGUGGCAGCCUAUGGUGUGUGUGGCACUGAGAUUUGGACUCUUUUGCUCAAAGUUCUCCGUUGCAACACUAAAGCUCUGCUGCGGGUUGUCAGAUAUGCGGUUCCCCUGCUGCUGAUUGGCUGGCUGUAUUACAAGUUCUGGCCUAAGCUGAUGGAGGAGCUGUCAGAUCUGAGGGAGUUCUAUGAUCCAGACACCGUGGAGCUGAUGACCUGGAUUAGCACAAAGACCCCAAAGCAGGCGGUUUUUGCUGGAAGCAUGCAGCUCCUGGCCGGCAUCAAGCUGUGCACGGGCAGAGUUCUCACCAACCACCCACAUUAUGAAGAUAAAGACCUGCGGGAGCGAACCAGACAGGUGUACCAGGUGUACGCGCGGCGGUCUCCAGAGGAGGUGUAUGGUAUCCUGAGGGCGGCGGGCGCCGACUACGUGGUUCUGGAGAACAGCAUCUGCUACGAGCGGAGGCACCAGAGAGGCUGCAGACUGCGGGACCUGCUGGACCUGUCCAACGGACACAUCAUGGACGGACCAGGCGAGAACGAUCCGGACCUCGUCCCUGCCUCCCACCCUCGAUUCUGUGAUGCCAUCAAGACGGACGCGGCGGCGUACACGGCCCUGUUCACCAGAACCUUUCAGAAUAAGACCUUCUAUGUGUACCGCCUGAAAAAGAAGCGCAAGAACAGUGCCAAAACCUCCUCUGACCCGGUGUGAGGGGUCAGCAGGACCAGAACCAAGGCCAGCAGAGUCGGGCUGUUCAGAGCUCUGCUCACGGCUUUCAUCUGGAUGUUGUAUUCUUCUCUGAACUGUGGCGUUGAACUGUGGCUCAGUGCUGGAGCUGCAAACGCUGCAUUUGCUGCUGAGAUCAUCUUUGUCCAGGAAAAUAACCAGCUUCUCUAUGAACACCCGGUUCCUUCAAGGCCAAAACUACAAUGAUUGAAGAUGCAUAGUGUUGAGGAAAUAUGAAGUAGAGUUUCUAUUCGCUAGUUUUGUAGUAAUAUGUUACUUAAAGCUGCAUUUUCAGAAAUUAGAUAAGAAGAAAUGUCUUUAUUGUUUUGCAAAGAAUUUCUGUGGUAUUUUCAUUGAAACUGUUUUCCAUGAAGAGCUAAAUCAUUCCAGGCCUUGGUUUGCCAGCCGGUGAUAUCAGCCAUGUCUCCUGCAGGGGGCAGCAGACUGUGUGCAGGUUUUUUUUUUUGGUUUAGUGCUCGUCUAAAUGAUCAGUCCUUGUUUACAGCUAAUAAAAACCAA